GUGCCGGUGCUGCUGAAAACAGUGAGAAGUGUGUUUGCUUGGUGAGAAUAUCGUAAAGAGUUCAAUAAUGUCGAAAAUGCAUUCAAAAUUGAAAUUAAAGUAUAGUGCGAGGAUGUCUGAUGCACAGAAAAUGGCCAUUGGGGAGUACUUGAAGAAGUGUCCGGAGCUAAUUGAUGCAAGAUUCACGAAUAACUUCCAAAAAUCCGAGGCAAGAGUUUUUUGGGUGAAGCUGGCCAAGCAGCUGAAUGGCAUUCCGGGGAGUAAGAAGAAUUGGCAACAGUGGCGAAGGAGUUGGCAUGAUUUACGGAAAGCCAUCUUGAAGAAAACAGAUCUGGCAAAGAGAAAUAUAAAGGCUGUCUACAUGAGUCCUUCUGAAUUGUUUAUCCAGAAAAUUUACCUCGAAAAUAGGAAAGCAAUUAAAUCUGGAAUAAGUCCUCUCAAAGAAGAAAAAAUUGAAAGCUUGGGGAUUGAUGAAGUGAAUGUAAAGAGUGAUCCGGAUAAUCCUGAAGAUCCCGACGAAGAAGUAAAUUCCAAUGAUGAAGAUGACGAUGAAGAUGAAUCGGAGGAAGAGAAUGGAGAUCCUUUUGCUUCUCUUGAAGGACUCGAAGGAGUCAGUGAGAUCCCCUGCAAUGGAGGAGAAGACUUUGAGGACGAUGCUGCAGCUGAAUUCCCCGCAGGAGUGUCCCACGAAGUACCUCAGGAUGACUUUGACGUUGAUUUGGAGGAAGAAAUUGAGAAGAUCGCCUCCAAACGACCGAAAUGCAACACAAAAAACAUUCAGGAAGCUCAGAUGUUUUGGAACAAAUCGACUUUUGUCAAUGAAAGGUCUGAUGAACUCCUGAAGCGAAUGCAGGAGCAAGCAAAGGCUGAGAGGGAAUACCAACAGGCCCAUCUCAAGCUAAUGGAGAAGCAAACCAAAGCAAUGGAGGCAAUGGUUGAGGAGUCACGAAGGCAUUCCAGGAACUACGAGCGACAGUUGGAGGUUCAAAUUGAACUUACAAAAACUCUCGCGCAGAUCCUUUUACGAUUGAAGAAAUAAACCAAAAAAAAAACUUUGGAAAUUAUUUUGUUUUCUGUUUUUUAAAUGUUCAAAGAUCGUUACAUAGAUCGCAUAGAUCAUGAUCUCUAAUAAACUGAGAGACUGCAAAAAAAA